AUGGGGUCAUUUUUCAAGAAUCUGAGGUCUACCAAUGGCCCAUUAUCACCCACAACAAAUAUAACAUCCCCCAAGAAAGACAAUCAUGCAUUACCAAUUAGCCCUCUGGAGAGAAUGCUGCAGGGGGACCGGACUGCUGUGCGAGCCGAUGGCAGCGAUAAGUUUUUUGGGAUGGAGAACUAUGGAAACACAUGUUAUUGCAACUCCAUCCUCCAAUGUCUAUACUAUUCGGCCCCCUUCCGAGAGUCGGUCAUAAACUAUCCAAAGCGCACGCCGAUCGAAUCGCUCGAAACCGCUCUUGCCAAGAACUUAAAAUAUCAGAGUCCAGAAGCCUUUUUCGAAGCCGAAGCAGCCGCCGCAAAGGCAAAGCAUACUGCCGGUCAAUCGUCAUCUCGCAAUGCAGGUGUGGCUCCGGCUCAGCCACAGAAACCUGAAGAUAAAGAUUCGCCCGAAUAUAAGAAAAAGGUCGCGAUUCAGACACUUCCCCUCCUUGAGACGAAAGAUAACUCCGCUAGUUAUGGAAUGUCGGAAUCGCUGUUCACAUCGCUGAAAGAUAUCUUCGAGUCUGUUGUGGGAAGUCAGUCAAAACUCGGCGUCGUGCGGCCGCAUCAUUUUCUCGAGGUUCUUCGUCGUGAAAACGAGAUGUUCCGCACGGCAAUGCACCAAGAUGCGCACGAAUUCUUGAAUCUCUUACUUAAUGAAGUGGUCACGAAUGUAGAGGCUGAAUCGUUCAAACAGAUUGAGAAUUUCCCAGCCGAUAACACCGAUUCCGAGCAGACGGUAGCCUUGAUGGACUCGUCUACCCCUUCUACCAGAACUCAAGUGAACGGGUCCACAGGAUCGAAAACCCCCAAUACGACUCGCUGGGUCCAUGAAUUGUUCGAGGGUACGUUGACAUCAGAAACGCAAUGUCUGACUUGCGAAAAAGUGUCACAACGUGAUGAAGUAUUUUUGGAUCUAUCGGUGGAUUUAGAACAGCAUUCAUCUGUUACAUCGUGUUUGCGGAAGUUCUCCGCAGAGGAAAUGCUUUGUGAAAGAAACAAAUUCCACUGUGACAAUUGCGGUGGCUUGCAGGAAGCAGAAAAGCGUAUGAAAAUCAAGCGACUACCAAAGAUUCUUGCUUUGCAUCUGAAGCGUUUCAAAUAUACGGAGGACCUACAAAGACUGCAGAAGCUGUUCCACCGCGUUGUCUAUCCUUAUCAUCUCCGCUUGUUCAAUACUACGGACGACGCUGAAGAUCCGGAUCGCCUUUACGAGUUAUAUGCGGUAGUCGUGCAUAUCGGAGGCGGUCCUUAUCACGGUCACUAUGUAUCUAUCAUCAAGACCGAAGAUCGCGGCUGGUUAUUGUUCGAUGACGAGAUGGUGGAACCAGUAGACAAGAGCUACGUGCACAACUUUUUUGGAGACCGACCGGGACUCGCCUGCGCUUAUGUCUUGUUUUAUCAAGAAACUACUCUGGAGGCCGUACAACGAGAACAAGAGCAAGAAGGCCAUAACCCAGUUGAUGGGGUUGCGGAUCUGAGAGAAGAAAUUCCUCAUUCAUCGCCCCUCAACCAUAUUCACACCUAUACAGGUCCACCCGAGGAUGAAGCGCAUCGUUUUACUCCUUUGAGAACCGUUCCAACUGCACCUCAAAUGUCAACUCAUCCGGAACAUGCCUUCUCGAUGAGUCCUCCGGCGCCUCCUAUGCCACAAAUUCCGGUAAAUACAGAGGCCAGUAAAAAGGCCGAAGUUCAGUCUCGAAAGGAGCGAGCUAAAGAAGAAAAAGAACGGAAGGCGGCUGAGAAGGAGAAAGAAAAGGCCGACAAAUUAAAACGCAAAGAGUUAGAGGCCAAGCGCAAGGAGGACUUGAAGCGCGAGGACGCCGAAAUGAAGGCUGUUCUCGAGCUCAGUAAGGCCACGAAGGCGGAAGAAGAUCGAAAGUCCAGCACUGAAAAUGGAGAGAAUGGGCACCACAAAACAUUGACAGGCGGUUUGAACCGGUUCCGACGAAGCAGCAAGAGCUUAAGUCAUAGAUUUGCAUCACCAAAAGAUGGCGGCAAGAGAGCGGCGUCAUCAGAAUUCACACGACCGGAUAUUCUUCCUGAGAAUGGCCAUCCUCUGGACAUGAAAUUGCAUGAGCAUGUCAUUGAGGAGGACGGUCCAGCGGAAACGCUGCCGACUCGCAGUAAUACCAAUAUCCCGCAGGCAGUCGGCCAGAUCCCUGAAAUUGCCCCAAGGAGCAAAGCCGACAAAGCCGACAAAGACAAGGGCAAUAAAUGGAAGGGCUUCGGAAUCAGGAAGAAAUCGAUGAGUUUGCUGGGCUGA